ACUUAUAUCGCUGCCUAACACUAAAGUUAAGGCAUUUCGCUUAGCACAAAUUAAAGAUAAAUCCAUAAAAAUGACAGAGGUGUCUGAUUUUAGCGAUCAAAUAGCUGGUGGAAAGAACAAGUCAAAUGUGCACUGCCAGUUCUGCAAUAGUUUGAUGCUCAAGGCCCAAGAGGGGACCUACAGCGAGGAGGAAGUGGAUGUGCCUCUGAUGAUGCAAAAGCAGGAUAGGACGGCGGACAGUCUGAACAGCGAGCCUCUGAAGGGCUUUUGGCUGGUCAAAGACAUGAUGAUGUUCGAGAAUAUCGGAUUCUCCAAUACGGUGGAUGGCAAGAAGUUCCUGGUUUGUGCGGACUGCGAACGAGGACCUGUGGGCUAUCAUGAUCUGAGCACCCGUCACUGCUUCCUGGCCCUCAAAAGAGUGGUCCACAAGGACUCCUAGCUGCCCUAUCCUUGAACCCUUAGUCUCGGUCUCUUGCAAUGCAUUUGAUUAUACUAGAAGUCAUGCCAAUAAUGUGUAGUUUUUCCUUUUCAAGGAAUUUCACCGAAUUCUACUUGAUUCAGGAGAUUUUUGUAAUGUUCCCUUAAGUUUUAGCACGUUCUUUAAGAGCAUCCUGUAACAUCUUCAAAUAUCCUUUCUUCUGCUAAAGAUUCAAACAAAUUCCAUAAUAAUCAGUAAAAAACAAUAGAGUAAAAUAAGCUUUUUUUGCCCAGAUUUUCUCACAUUUUUUCGAUUCUAUUUUGCGAGCAUCAUUCAAUUAGCAAUUAUACCAAAAACAACAGGCAUGAAAUAGUUAAUAUGGCCUAAAGUAAAUCCUUUGACUUGUUAAUAUAAGCAUACUAAUAAAGGCAUUAAGCAUAAAGGGUACUCAAAUGCUGUGAAACGUCGCCAAGAAAAAACAUUUCUUACUGUCAAUUUUAAGUUUUACUUCCUUUAAAGCUGAAUUUUAAAAUAAAUUCACCCACAUAUUAAAAACCAAGUUUAAACUACCUUCCGAAUAAAAAUUUGUUGUUAGAACCUUAA